AUGGGCCUGGGUCUAUUUGGUCUUCAUGACAUUGGCUAUGAGUUUGUCAAGCUAUGCAAUGGGGAACGGAAGUUCACAAGGCUUUCCACCUUCAGAGUGAAAACUAAUUUUAUUCUAGGACACGCGUAUUUUCUGGCUCCGCCCCUGCCGGCAGGCUCCGCCCCUGCCGGCAGGCUCCGCCCCGCCGGCGGCGGCAGGGCGCGGGCGGGGUUAGGGCGAGGCGCGGGCGCUGCGUGGGGCUGGUUCCGUUGUGCUGCGGCUCCGCGCUGCCUGCAGUCCCGGGCCGGAAUCCCGCUCCCCGGACCUCGAGUCCGCCCGCCCGCCAGCCUGCCAGCCAUGGAGCCCGGCCCCGCCGGCCCCGCCGCCAUCUGGUUCCGCUAGACGUGCAGCCCAUGGCCCGGCCAGGCCCUGUCGCUGCAGGCGGAGCAGCUGCUACACCAUCAGCGCUCGCGGUACCAGGAUAUCCUUGUCUUCCGCAGUAAGAGCUACGGCAACGUGCUGGUGUUGGAUGGCGUCGUCCAGUGCACAGAGAGGGACGAGUUCUCCUACCAGGAGAUGAUAGCCAACUUGCCCCUCUGUAGCCACCCCAAUCCACGCAAGGUGCUGAUCGUCGGGGGCGGGGAUGGGGGUGUCCUGCGGCAGGUGGUGAAGCAUUCCUCCGUGGAGUCCGUGGUCCAGUGCGAGAUCGACGAGGAUGUCGUUCAAGUCUCCAAGAAGUUCCUGCCGGGCAUGGCCGUUGGCUACUCGAGCUCAAAGCUCAUCCUACGUGUGGAUAAUGGUUUUGAGUUCAUGAAACAGAACCAGGAUGCUUUCGCUGUCAUUAUCACUGACUCCUCAGACCCCCUGGGCCCUGCUGAGAGUCUGUUCAAGGAUUCCUGUUACCGGCUCAUGAAGACGGCCCUGAAGGAGGGUGGCAUCCUCUGCUGCCAGGGCGAGUGUCAGUGGCUGCACCUGGACCUCAUCAAGGUGAUGCGGCAGUUCUGCAAAUCACUCUUCCUGGUGGUGGGCUACGCUUACUGCACCAUCCCCACCUACCCCAGCUGCCAAACUGGCUUCAUACUGUGCAGCAAAAAUCCAAGCACCAACUUCCUGGAGCCCGUGCAGCAGCUGACGCAGAAGCAGGUGGAACAGAUGCAGCUGAAAUACUACAACUCUGAUGUACAUCGGGCACCCUUUGUCCUGCCCGAGUUUGCCCGCAAAGCCGUGAAUGAUGUGUGCUGA